AUGUCAACAGCCCUCCGCAUCGGCAUCCUCCUCGUAGGAACCGUUCAACUCCUCGACCUAGCAGCAAUAGACCUCUUCUACAUGACAACUCCAGAAUACCUGCAAGAAUGCUCACUGCCCCAGCCACUAGUCGACAUGGGCCGGCCCUGCGAGAUCCACUAUAUCGCGCACAACGGACCAAACGCAACAGUCAACACGACCUCGCAGAUGUCCAUACAACUAACCGACUCGCUCACGGGUUCUGCGGUUUCCCCAGGCAAGUUAGACAUCGUGGUCAUUCCCGGCCCACCACCUAAGGCUAUGCCGCCAGCAGAAGAAUACCUCGACUUCGUGCGCGCGCAUUUUGCUGCCGGCACGCCGAUAUUGAGUAUCUGCACCGGGGCAUUUGUUAUUGGGUACUCUGGGAUUGCGAAGGGGAGGGAAGUUACUGCGCCGCGGUUGCUGGUUCCCGAGAUGAGGAAAAGGUUUCCGGAGGCGAAUCUGUGGGAUGAUUCGCUGAGGGUUGCUAGGGACGGGAAUUUGUGGACUAGUGGCGGGAUUACAAACGGACACGAUCUGGUUAUUGCGUACUUGCGUGAACACUACCCUGCAGCUCUGGUGAAUACGAUCCUUCUUGCUGCGGAUAUUCCUUCCCGUCCAACGGCCUAUGCUAGUUCUGCGACGGGUGAUACUGUCUAUGUACUAUGGCAGGUUCUUAGGGCACUUCCGAAUGCGAUGAUUCGGUUGUUUGGGAAGUGA